UGUAGGCGAGAAUGGUCUAUCCAGGAAGCAUGUUCCACUGUUUGGGGAAACACCGUAAACAAACUGUCUUUCCUGUCAACUUGAACGAGUGUUUCCUCUUUCGUGUCAGGUUAUUGCGACUGUGAAAAACAAAUUUAACUUUAGUAGCCACGUUUUUUUGUGUGUUUGUCGUUUGAAUCUGCUGGACCGCAGUCUCGGUAUAUGUGACCCGGAGGAGGACGUUUAGGCUUGACAGAUUUUUGCUAAUUGCAUUGACUGCAGCUGUAACGGUACCGCUUUGAGAAACCAUGUCUGAUUUAAUUCUGGUGCUCCUGUUAGUCGUCCUCCUGGUGUGUUUGGUUGUGACAGUGGGGGGCUUCCUGUUGUACUCGGGACUUCUGUCUGACGUGAUUAUAAAGACUGGGCCACCUCCUAUCAGAAAUGUUACUAUUGCUUAUAAGUUCAGAGAGGGAUCAUACAAGGACUGCGGUGCAGCCUACACAGAGAGCUGCAGCAUUGGGCCAAAGCUGAGCUCCAUCGGUGUCUUCUACGAUGACCCCAAGCAGAGGCCAUCAGAGAAAUGUCGCUACUUGGUGGGCAGUGUCUUGUGUGAAGGUGAAGAGAAGCCAGAUGAAGAACUGCAGAAGCUGUACGAGAAGUUUGGUUUCAAGGUGUUUUCUCUGCCUGAAGUGAGCCACGCUGUGACCACCAGCUUUCCCUGCACCACCCCUCUGUCUCACGUGCUGGGACCCUACAGGGUCUACCCUAGGCUCUCUUCCUACAUUGAGGAGAGGAAGCUGUGUGCAUUCCCAACUAUUGAGAUCUGUAAUUCAGAUGUCAUCAACUAUAUGGUUCCACUGUCUCGCCAGACGGACUUCUUUGUCCCAGAGAUGAAGGAGGAGGUUAAAACAGAUGUUAAAGAAGAGGACUCUGACGAGGACAGAGGAACUGACAUUACAGGUGCAGACUCCCACAGUGAUGUGAGUUCAGUGAGUGGUGGCGUGCCCUGGGACAGCAGAGAGACAUCCCUGGCUGCAUCCACAGCCGCCUCCCUGGCCUCUUCCCUGCCUCUGAGGGACGUAAUGGAUGCAAACGAAGACAUUAAGCCCAGGGACAGUGACAGAGGCUCGAACGAGUCUAUGGGCAGUGGCUCGUCCUUUGAAGAGCUUGAUAUGGAUCAGGAGGAGCAGGAGGAGGGAGAAGAGAGGGAAGAGAAGGAAGAUGGAGAGGAGGAGGAGGUCCCUGAGGGUGAAGACGGAGCUACGGAAGCAGUUGAACUGGUGGCUGAGAAGAAGGGGCCCUUGGGGGAUGGAGAGGAGUAGGGAGGAUGCUGAAGAGAUCAGGGAUGAGGCCAUGUAACACUGGCGGGCUAGAGAGUUUCUCAGUUGUUGCUGUUGCUGGUUAUCUGUCAUGUAAUCUUGUUGGUGGAUCUAAAGCUGUUCAUGCCAUGACCAACAUGCUGUAUUUCUGCGCCUUCUAAUUCCUCUUUUUGAAGCCUUUGUUAUUCUGUAAUCUCUUUUUAAAAAAAAUAUUGUUCCUGAUCCUAUAUUUAAACUCUGUCAGGAUAGAACAACAGAUAACCCCAUAGGGUUAAGUUUUCUUGGGUAAACCUGAUUUUCUCUGCAGAUGGUGUGCAGCAAAUGAAAGGCAAGAUUUGUUCAGUUCUAUAUUUCAUUUUAAACUGUAAUCUUACGUGAAUCACCACCAUUCCUGUUCAGAUUAGUAGUGACACUUCAGUUCAAGAUUAACAUCAAAGGAAGGACACUGACGCUGGCUAUUCUGGAUCGUCAAACAGCAUCUUUUUGCCCAUGUGUGACAGUUGAUAUUGUACCCCACUUUCAAGGUCAUGUCCUGAGGAAUUUUAUGUCACGUGUUCGUGUGCAUUACCUGACUUUGGUGUCUUGAUAUACAGUAAUGAUGGGGUGAAAAAUGCUGUUGAAAUUUUGACGGACGUAUGUCAUUGUGGUGUGUGUGUUUUUUUUUUUUCCCCAGUUUGGAGAAUAUCUGUCACACAGGGGAAAUUCUGCAGUCUGAGGCAGAGAAGCGUCAACACCAGUGAGGACUUACAGUAGUAAAGUAACAUCACCGACACCUCCAAGUCACCAGGACUAGGACAUAAAAUGCAAUUCAAAGAUGUAAACUUUUUUCCCUUGGAUACGGUACAGAACAUUGUUUAAUUUUUUAAUGUAAUGUUCUCUUCUAUAGUUGGUUUGUUAAACCACUCUACAGUUCUGUUUGUAGCCAAAAUUCACUCACUUCCAGAGACUAGUUGUGAUAUGUUUGUAGGUUGAAGUUGUUGGUGCUGUGAGACAUUGUAAAUAAUGUACAGCACAUUGCCAUGGUUGUGUCGUUCUGUCUGUAAUAAAAUUUUAAAAUGAAAAGUUCA